AUUGCUGCAGUUAGUUUGGGACCUUUAAGUGCCAUGGCUCAGAAUGAUAGAAUUCUGGGAAUUUUGUGGAUUUUGGACAUUAUUUUGGAGACUGACUGUAUUGGACCCUUACAGGUUGUGCAAAUACGACAGGUCACAUGGUCUCUAAAGAAAUACUCUAGUGACCAAAUAUGAAAACUCAGCACAUCUUUGAGGCCAGCCAAGAGCAGGAAGAGCCUGAGGCUGCACCCUCACUGCAGAUAUAAUCUGCUUUGACACCACUUUAACUGCCAUAUCUCAAGGAUGUGGAAUUCUGGGAGCUGGAGUUUGUUGUGGCACCAGAGCUCUCUGAGAGAAAAGGUUUAACGUCUCACAGAACUACCAUUCCCAGAAUUCCAUAGCCCUGAACCACGGCAGCUAAGGCAACUAAAGGAGUGUCAAACUGGAUUAUUUGUGCUUUGCAGAUGCAGCCUAUGAGUGCAUGGCUCUCCUUUCAGCCUUACUAUCUCUUUGGCCCGUGUGUUCCUCCACUCCUUGGAGAUGAGGCAUGGUUUGUAAAACUAAAUCAACUCUCUCCAGGCUUGGAGACUUGAAAACAUGAGCAGGGCAUCUGGAAAACAGUAAAUCUGUUCUGCAAAACCCGUCUUUUCCAGUAGAAUAACUCCUUUUGAAUGAUAGUGCAGUAUUUCCUCCUAGCCUCUCUCUGCAGGUGGUGGUGGUGGUGGUAGAAGUAGUAUUAGUGUGGGGUUGGUGGGGGAAAAAGAGAAGGAAGGCAAAGGGUGUCCUCUCCUUUUCUCCAAAGCUUUUGGGCCUACUUCAUUAUUCUGACAUGCAAACUCUUUGGGAGGGAGGAUGCCAUUUCAUGUUCUUGCUAGGAGUCCUAAAAGGAUUGAAGAAGGAACAAGAGGCGGCUGAAGGAUUGAGGAGAAAAUGCAGAGAAUUCCUAGAUUUUAAACACCCGUGAAGGAAGGCCUCUGUUCUAAGGUGACGUCAUGCUUUCUGCAACCCCCCUGUAUGCCAACGUUCAUAGCUGGAUGAGCAAUGAGAGGGUCCGCAUGUGUGGCAUUAAUGAAGACAGGAAAAUCCCAGUUAAUGAUGGAGAUGCUGCAAAAAACAGGCUGGAAUUAAGGGAAGAAAAUCACUUGAACCACAGUGUGGUGGAUGCAACAGCUGUGCAUCGCAUUGACAGCCUUGCUGCCCUGAGCAUGGACCGGACGGGACUUAUGCGGGAAGGGCUCAGAGUCCCCAGUGGCAUUGUCUAUUCCAGUUUAUGUGGACUUAGCUCAGACAAGGCCCGGGAUGCUACAAGUGCUAUUUCUGGCCUUGGAUUUGCGCCUGAAAGAAAUCCAGAGAUACAGUUCAAGUCUAAUCCCACUGAAACCAUUGAAAAUGCAGCUGGAAAGCCCCCUAAUGGCUUCAGUGCUAUGUACAAAACACCACCUGGAAUACAAAAGAGUUCUGUUCCACCUGGUGGGGAAACCUUAGGCUUGGACAGAACCUCAAACGACAAACCAAGCCCUCUCAGUGUCAAUGGUGCUAGUUACUUAAGGUUACCCUGGGUAAAUCCUUACAUGGAGGGUGCUAUUUAUCCCUUUCUUGAAUCACCAAAUAAGUAUUCAUUGAACAUGUAUAAGGCCUUGCUACCUCAGCAGUCCAACUACACCUUGCCACAGCAUCUGACUUACUCACCGGUCUGUACCAAUGGUGAACGUUUUUUAUACUUGCCACCUGCUCAUUAUGUUGCGCCCCACAUUCAGUCAUCAUUGGCUUCGCCCUUGAGGAUCUCAGCUGCAUCAGCAGCCCCUGCACUUCCUCCUUUGGGACACUGUCCAGAAAAAACCUUGUCUUGGAAGAUGGGAGUCAGUCCUGGAAAUCCUGUGGACUCUCACACCUACCCACAUAUACAGAACAGCAAACCGCCCCGGGUUCCAUCUACUAAGACAGCUGCUAGUAAUAUUCCGACAGAGCCUGCAGUUCUCCUGUCCCAUUCACCGCGACCCUCGCCGAGAGUCCAUCUACCGCCACAGGUUGGGGAUGCUUACUCAGAGUUCCACAAACACUUCUCUAGAAUUUCAACAUCUCCUUCAUCAGUUGUACUCCCAAAGCCAUACAUGAAUGUAAGCAAUGACUUUACUGCAAGGGCCUCUAGUGGGAAGGCUUCUAAAACACAUGAGACAGGUGAAAUUUCUCAGCAGCCUACAGUGCAUGCAAGGAAAACGGGUCAUGACAGGAAGGACAGCAGAUCCCCUCCAUUGUUGGAAAAGCAACAAACUGUUACCAAAGAAAUUAUAGACAAACCACUUGAUUUGUCAUCAAAAGUUGUUGACGCAGAGACAGCUAAAUCAGACCACAUUAAGAAAAUGACACCAACUGUGUUAGUUCAUAGCAGAGCUGGAAGUGGAUUGGUUUUACCUGGAGGUGAUCUUCCAAAAGAAACUAUUUCUCCUGGAAAUGGUUGUCCUGUCUAUAGACCUGAAAUAAUUAGCACUGCACCUUCCUCCUGGGUUGUUCCUGGCCCAGGUCCCAAUGAAGAUACCAGUGGCAAAAACGUGCCAUUGAAAAACAAGGCAUUGGACUGGGUGACACCACAACAGCGAAGUUCUUCUUGCCCAAGGAUGGGAGGCACAGAAGCAGUUGUCAGUAAUAUUUUGGGGUCUGUAUCAAGUGGUGGCCGACCAGCAUCUGCUUCUCCAGCUCCAAAUGCCAAUGUGGAUUGCCCUAAGACAAACAGCUCAGUAGAAACCACUGCAUCUGUCAUACAGCAUGUAGGGCAACCUUUAGCAACUUCAUCUUCCAAGCAUAGUAAUAAGGCAGCUAAAUGCAAUAAUCAAGAACCUAUCUUCAAAACAAAUGAGAGCACACUUCCAUCAGGUUCCAUAUUUUUUCCUCCUAACGAUGCAUUCCGAUCACCACCAUUGCCCUAUCCAAGGAGUUAUCUCCCAUAUCCUAUUCCAGAAAGUUUAGCUAUAGGCCCUUUGUCUCUUCAUGGAAAAGGACCCAUGUAUCCUCAUCCAGUUCUCUUACCCAAUGGUAGUCUUUUCCCUGGGCAUCUGGCUCCCAAACCUACAAUUCCAUACAGCCUGCCAACUAGCAGAGGUGAAUUUAUGACCUAUCAGGAUGCAUUAGGUAUGGGAAUGGUGCAUCCAAUGUUGUUACCACACACAGCUUUGGAGCUGAAAGAUGAAAAAUCAGAAAGGAGAUCUAGAUCGCAUGAAAGGCUCCGUUAUGAGGACCCUGUUUUAAGAAAUAGAUUGCCAGAGGUGCUGGAAACCAGCACUAAGCUACAUUUUGAAGUACCCACUACAGACAGAAAUGUAAAAUCACAACAGGUUUCAAGUAAUAGUAAGAAUACUGCCAAAAGUGACAAACACAUGUUUGCAGAACUGAGGGAUGAGCAAGAUGUAAAGGGUGAAACAAAUGUAACAAAAACCAGUUUUCCAGUUGAAAGUGGUAAUCAAACAAGUGACCCCACAAAGCACAAGGGAGAACAAGCCUUUCAGCACAGAGAUUUUAGUGUAAUGAGAGAAGAAUGUGGGAGAAAUAAUUUCCAUGAAGUUUACAACUUUAAGCAAGCCCAGAGUCCACAUCCACCAGUGUUCAACUUAAGAAAAGAGGAUCUGUCAAUAAGCCAAAAUAGAGAGAGACUGACAGUUCCCCCUUCCUCUGUGUUCUUGGAGGCUGCUCAUGGGAAUGAUGGCCUGGCUAUGUCUUUUUGCAAAGUGCCAGAUGACAAUAAACAGAUUUGUAUUGGAAAUGCACAGCCAAGUAUUGAAAUCAAUCAGGCAUAUGUCAAAGAAGGGACUGAGGGCACAGAAUCUAAUGAUGGCAAACUCGUGAAGCCUAAGCCAUCUAAAGUGGCAAAGAGAAUUGCAAACUCUGCUGGUUACGUAGGUGAUCGAUUCAAGUGUGUUACAACUGAACUGUAUGCAGAUUCUAGCCAGCUGAGUCGGGAACAGCGGGCUCUGCAGAUGGAAGGAUUACAAGAGGACAGUAUUUUAUGUCUACCUGCUGCUUACUGUGAGCGUGCCAUGAUGCGCUUCUCAGAGUUGGAGAUGAAAGAGAGAGAAGGCCAUGUAGCAACCAAAGACCCAGAGGUCUGCAAAUUCAACCAAGCAGACUGGGAAAACUUCAAAGGAAACAAUGAAAAGAAGCCUAAGUCUGUCACUUUGGAAGAUGCCAUUGCUGGGCAAAAUGACAAUGACAGAUGUGAUUUUAAUAAUACAGAGAACACCCAAGAGCAUAGGUUUGAACCUCAAGAAGACAAACUUUCUCCAGCAGACAGUUGUUUGGAGAGACUUACUGUACAUGAAAAGGCAAAUGACCAGCCCAUAGAAGAUGUCAGUCAGACACCAUGUCUACAUUUGGACAGAAAACGAAAACAUUCUGGCGAGAAUAUGCAGCAUGAUGGAAGCUUGAAAGAAAACUUGGUAGAGGAACUAGAGGAUGAAUUUGCAUCAAAAACAAAAAAGCAGAAGACAUCCAAAGAUGACUGGCCUGAGAGGGAAAUGACAAACAAUUCCUCUAACCACUUAGAAGAGCCCAAUUGUAAUGAGGUGACCAACCUGAAGGUGUGCAUUGAAUUAACAGGGCUCCAUCCCAAAAAGCAGCGUCACCUGCAGCAUCUUAGGGAACUAUGGGAGCAGCAGGUGUCACCAGAGAGAUCCCCACCCGGCAAGUUGGGCCGGCAAAGCAGGAAAGAUUUAGCUGAGGCUGUUCAGCCAGAGGCCACUGCAAAGGUCAAAGACUGCACAGAAGAAAGGCACACCAAGAAAAGGUCAGAGGUCAAAAGCAAUAGAAGUUGGUCUGAAGAGUCCCUCAAAACAAGUGACAAUGAACAAGGUAUUCCACUAUUCCCAGCAUCUCCGCAUAUGAAGAACCUUUCAUCCCCCAAUACAAACAGCAAAAGGCAAAUCCAUCCAAGCUGUACUCCAGCUUCAAGGUUGGCUGCCAAGCAGCAGAAAAUUAAAGAAAACUGGAAGACAGAUGUGCUGUGCACAGACGAAGAAGAGGAUUUCCAAACUGCAUCCCUGCUGCAGAAACACAGUGACUGUGAGAAACCACCAGGGAAGCGUCAGUGUAAAACAAAACAUUUGGCACUGCAGGAGAGGAGAAGGAGGUCAUCACUGACAGGGGAUGACAUUACAGAUAUUGAAAGCACAGAAGAGAAGCUGCAGACUGCAAGUACCCCUCAGGAGACUACCCCAAGCCGCCCCAUGCCGCCGGAGGCCCGAAGGCUUAUUGUCAAUAAGAAUGCUGGAGAAACUCUUCUGCAAAGGGCAGCUCGGCUAGGAUAUGAGGAAGUGGUUCUGUAUUGUUUGGAAAACAAAGUCUGUGAUGUAAAUCAUCGUGACAAUGCUGGUUAUUGUGCCCUGCAUGAGGCCUGUGCCAGAGGCUGGCUGAGCAUUGUGCGACAUCUCCUUGAAUAUGGAGCCGAUGUUAACUGCAGCGCUCAGGAUGGAACUAGACCUGUCCAUGAUGCAGUGGAAAAUGACCACUUGGAAAUCCUCCGAUUGUUACUGUCUUACGGUGCUGACCCAACACUGGCCACGUACUCAGGUAGAACGAUUGUGAAAAUGACUCACAGUGAACUUAUGGAAACAUUCCUCACAGAGUAUUUAACUGACCUGCAGGGUCGAGGUGUUGAUGACCCUGGCUUACACUGGGAGUUUUAUGGCAGCUCUGUGUGCGAGCCAAAAGGUGAAUCAGGAUUUGACAUCCUGUCUAAUCCACCUGGUCCAAGUGAUGAGGAUGAAGAUGGCUUUAGCGAUAUCUUUGAGUUUGAAUUUUCAAAUGUGCCUCUCUUGCCAUGUUACAACAUCCAGGUGUCUCUUUCUCAGGGCCCACGAAACUGGUUACUGCUCUCUGAUGUAGCAAAGAGGCUGAAAAUGUCACCCCGGAUAUUUCGCUGCAAUUUCCCAAGUGUGGAAGUUAUCAGCAUCACAGAGGCAGAAUUUUUCAAGCAGGUAUCACUGAGCCAGCUGUUCUCUUGCCAGAAAGAUCUAGAAGCUUUUAAUCCAGAAAGCAAGGAACUCUUGGACUUGGUGGAGUUCACAAAUGAGCUGCAGUCUUUGCUUGGAUCCUCACUUGAGUGGCUACAUCCAGAUGAGGAUGCUGAUAAUCAUUGGUGAACCUCCAAGCCACUUAAUGUAUAGUUUUCUGUAAAGUUAUUUCUUUAUGUAUAUGUGUUUAAUUCAGUUGUUUCUGUAAAGAAAGGACACUGUAAAAUAAGAUAUGUUUCCUUUAUAUACAUAUAUUAUAAAUAUAUAUAUAUAUAUAAAAAUUCUAGUUGGGUGGACUUUUGGAAGAAUUUUUUUAGACACUUCACUCAGUUUUUACAAAUUGAUAUAUAAUAUUCCUUUAAAUGCACACAAAUUUUGGUAUAAAUUUGUUUUACUUGGGACUUUUUUUAAAAAAAGAAACAUGGCUUUGCUUCAUUCAAAGCGUUGGUUAUACAGAAGAUACCUGUUAUGGGUGACAUGAUUACAGUCAUGUAGUUGGCUUGGCUUGGCUUGGGAGAUUGUUAGGGAAGGCACUUCAUCAUUUGUUUUUGUUUACAAAGUUGCCUGCUUUGGCCAGGUAAAUGCUAUUGAAUAUAAUUCAAUAGACUGUACUAUAAAUUAAAACUAUCCAUGCACAUUGACUAAUUGUGUGAAAUUUUAUAUCUUAAUUUAAGAGAUGUGAAAUUUAGUUUUCACAUGGCAAACUGGAUUGUUUAUAUGUAUAUAUAUAUGUAUAUGUUCAAACAUUUGAUGCCCCUUAUUUAAAAGAAGACUUUGAACUAUUUUUUCUGUACCUUGUAAAAUAUUGAAAACUAACCUAUGUUGAAGUUGUUUAAAAUUGUACAGAAGCUAAAUCUUUUUUCUGAAUUGUGUGUUUAUGUUUGAGAUCUGUGUUUUAACUUUGUAAGUAAAUUCUGCCUUUGUAUUUAUAUUUUACAAAAAAAAAUCUUAAGGGCAAUAAAACAGUUGAGAAAACAAUA